AAUCUGUCGUCACUUUCAUCGUCAACGCGAAUCAGUCACCGAAGACAGAAGAGAGAUGAGGUUGUUCGAUCCGUGGCCAGUGUUCUUCAAGAGGGAGUGGAAACGUUGCUGGCCGUUUCUCACCGGAUUCGCCGUUACCGGCGUCCUCAUCACCAAGCUCACGGCUGGAUUCACCGAGGAAGACACCAAGAACUCCAAGUUCGUCCAACAACACAGGCGGUAA